AGCUAUUAUAAUGUCAACAUCGCAUUUUAUACAUGUUCGUUUAUCAUAAAGAGCCAGCGUAGUCGUCUGCAACUGAUUGAUAAAUCCUCCCCAGUAUCGAUUGUGACUUUGACAUUGCUAUAAGGACGGUUGAAGGUUGAAGCAAUCAGUAAGGUUUCCUAAGGUUCUUCAGCAUUAUACAACAUGUCUGAAAAACGACGAAUACUUGUGUGUGGCGGUGGAAAUGGAGCACAUUGUUUGUCUGCACUCGCAGCUUCUCGGGACAAUUUAGACGUACAUGUUCUGACAUUAUUCCAAGACGAGGCGGAGAGAUGGGCUAAACAUGUUGAAAAUGAAAAUAUGAAGUUAACAAUAACCAAACAAGAUGGAACUCAAUAUGAAAUAUUUUCGAAACCUUCACUUAUAACAAAAGAUGCUGCUAAGGCCAUGUUUGGGGUACAGAUUAUUUUUCUUGUAGUUCCAGCAUUUGCUCACGCUCAGUAUUUUUCCGCCAUUGCGCCACACUUACAGCCAAAUACACUAAUUGUUGGACUCCCUGGUCAAGCUGGAUUUGAACUUCAAUGCCGUCACAUAAUUGGUGACAAAGCAAGCAGUUGUACAAUCGCAGCAUCAGAAUCUUUACCAUUUGCAUGCCGAAUUGUUGAAUUUGGGAGACAUGCCCGGAUACUCGGACUGAAAGAUUCCCUUGGCAUGUCAUCUUUAAAGGGUAAAGCAUGUCAACUAUCCUUUCCUGUGGUAGAAACAAUUCAAGGAAUUCUUGGAGAAUACCCUAAAUUAGAGCUACUCAAGAACUAUGUUGCAAUAAAUCUGAUGGCGGAUGCUAAUGUUCAUCCUCCAAUGAUGUACGGAAGAUGGGGAAACUGGGACGAGAAACCAUUGAAGGAGGAACCCUUAUUUUACCAAGGUGUCGAUGAAAGACAAGCAGAUCUUCUAUCAAGGGUCAGUGAAGAAUUGCUUGCAACUGCAAAAGCAAUCGAACAAAAAAGAAAAGACGUUGACAUGUCAGAGGUUAUCCAUUUGUUCGAUUGGUUUAAAAUUCAUUAUCCAGAUCAGAUAACUGACAAAAGUUCCCUAAUGAUGGCCAUGAGAACGAAUAAAGCAUAUGACGGUCUGGUACAUCCAAUGACAAAAACUGAUGAGGGUUAUGUCCCAAAUUUCAACUAUCGGUACACAUCUGAAGACGUACCUUUUGGAAUGGUAGUUAUGAAAGGAAUUGCCGAUCUAGCGGGUGUAUCUACCCCAACCAUGGAUGAAAUACUUGCAUGGGGACAACAGAAACUAGGAAAAGAAUAUAUAGUUGGUUCAAAACUUACAGGAAAAGAUAUAGGAUCAGCGAGGGCACCACAAUCAUUCGGAAUGACCAGUGUAGAUGAACUUUUUGAUAUUUGAAGAGGCUAUUCUUGUAUUUCAGUAAAAGUAUUAUAAAACUUUCUAGAUUAAGCUUUAAUUAUGUAAACGGGUUUGUUUGUUCGUAUAUAAUUAUAAAAAAUUUAAUGCA